CACUUCGCUGUCAACGUUGACACCGCAAUGAACUUCCUCUCCCAAAGAAUCUUCUCUUUUGAAACUCUGUGUGCAUUACUGGCUGUGCUGUUUGUAAUCUUGGUUGGUAACAAUUUGAUCUCCGGGCAGCAGUGUGACGCAGGAGAUCCAGAGCUACCGUUCGACACUCGUGAACCAAUGAAAGGCAUCAAGCUGAGUGGCAUGGCGCCCUGGCGAACUGUACUCGUCCAAGACCUCUCACACUGCGCCGAGCUGUGCAAGAAAAGAAAGUCGUGCACCGUGUACAAUGUAGGGCCAUUGGACACGACUGGGCUGGUGCGUCCGUGUGAGUUGUAUGACGGGCCUGUGCUGGUUAAAGAGGACCAGACCACUAAUAACCCAGACUGGUACCUUGGGGGACGCCAGUGCGAUGUCGGCAACGAUUGCACAAAUGGUAAAGAAUGUAUUCAGUUCGGGUCCAGGAAGUCUCCAGAGAAAAAGUGCAUCCCAGUUUGUCCGUCUAGAAGUUUAUGGGAAUACCACCAAGGAAUAUGCUACCGCUUUGUAAAAGGUGAUGGAAAGGAGGAGAAGUGGGAUGGUGCUAGAGACGAAUGCCUUUCGAAUGGAAAUCUUGUGAUGGUCAAGAACGCAAACAUCAACACCCUUCUGUCGAAUAUUGCUUCAAAUCAGAAAGAUUCGUGGAUUGGCUUAAUUCGGAAGGAGGACGACCGUACGUUUCACUGGGUGGACGGCACGCCAGUAGGUUACACAAACUUCGCCUCUGGCCAGCACGACCGCUCAGGCAGAAGCAAGGCGUGCGUGUACAUGCGGCAAACUGACGGCAAAUGGGUAGACGACGAUUGCAACCAAAAGAUGAAUUAUAUCUGCGAAAUACCUGCAAUCAAAUACUAGUUCUACUUGCAAAACUUGCAAAACCAAAAAUCACUCUUUUAUAGACCCAAAAAGCUAUUGAUGAUAGGUUUGGUUUAAAAGCACAUU